UCCCGCAUGGCCGACGCUGCCGGCUCUCCGCGCCGCCCCGCCGCGGGCAGGUGCGGAGGGAGCGGUGCGGGAGCGGCGAGAGCCCGCUGGAGGCUGCUCGGACAGGUUCUGAAGAAAAAGCACUUGAAAGAUGUGCAUCUCCAACAAGUGUCUGUGAGAAGAUUCACAUCGUUCAAUCUCUUUUCAGUAGAUGGCCAGAAUACUGAAGAGGAAACUGGGAUCUGGGUUCAGUAUAAAAGCAUCUUUUAUCCUGAGUAUAGUGUGUCCAUAAGAUUGCACAACGGACUCCUAAAUGUUAAAGAUGUUCUUACAAGCUUUGACAACACAGGAAAUGUCUGUCUCUGGCCAUCUGAAGAAGUACUGGCUUACUACUGCCUAAAGCAUAGGGAAAUAUUCAGGGACCUUGCUGUGUGUGAGCUAGGGGGUGGCAUGACAUGCUUGGCUGGGCUCAUGGUUGCUAUUUCUGCAGAUGUCAAAGAAGUUCUGUUAACUGAUGGAAAUGAAAAGGCCAUCAAAAAUGUAAGUGACAUUGUCACAAGAAAUGUAAUUGCAGGAGUAUUUAAGACUCAGAAAGUGUCAAGCUGCAUUUUACGAUGGGAUAAUGAGACAGAUGUCUCUCAACUGGAAGGACAUUUUGACAUUGUUAUGUGUGCUGACUGCCUGUUUCUGGACCAGUACAGAGCUAGCCUUGUUGAUGCAAUAAAGAGAUUACUCCAACCCAGUGGAAAAGCAAUGGUAUUUGCUCCACACAGAGGGAAUACUUUAAACCAGUUUUGCAAUCUAGCUGAAAAAGCUGGUUUCUCUAUCCAAAGACAUGAAAAUUAUGAUGAACACAUUUCGAACUUCCACUCCAAGUUGAAAAAUGAAGAAAAAGACACAUAUGAUGAAAACCUCCAUUACCCUCUUCUUCUUGUUUUAACCAAACACGGAUAGAAGAUGGCACUUUUUUGAUGUCAUUUCAAGAUGGACUGCUAAAAAUUAACCCAUGUACGUGGAUAGUCAGGAAAUGGGAGGAUUCUGUUCCCCCCUUUUAUUCUUGAGUCAUCAUCAGAGAAAUAUUUUAAUGUAAGUGCCGAGGAAGAUAUCUGGUUUGUUUCACAGUGUGUAAACAUUGUGACUUUAUUUUGAUAUCAUUUUAGAAUGUAUUUUUCCAAUUAUUUUUCAGCCUAAACACCAUCAGACAUGAAAUGCAUACAUUAACCAAGGUGUGAAAGCUGGCUUCCUUCUCUUUUGUGCCUUUAAACUUGUAUGUAUUUUGUUAACCUCUUUAAAUGUUAUUUUGGGGCCAUAUUUGAAAAUACAUGAAUAAUACGCUUUGUGGUUUUACAUAACUGCCUGUAAAGUUAUAAAUGCAUUCACCUUUAAUUAGUAAGGAAAUGGUUGUCUUAGAAUCUUUAAAAGGUGCACCUAUUACAUCCUCAGGUUUUUAUUCCCUUUGUUUUUUAAAUUCAGCAGUUGAUUUUUCUGUCGAUAAUUGAAGUGUCCUUAUUUGCUGUGAUGAAGGCUUUUUUUUUAAUACAUACAGAGAUGUCUGUGUGUAUCAUUUUUUUAUUUUUUUUUCCAGCAAGACUUUUCCUCUUCUAGAUGUAUAAGAAAUUAUGCGUCAGACAAAAGCCUCAUAAACUGACCAUUUGUCCUUUGGACACAAUAGCCUGCCCAGCCCCUCUGCUCCUCCUCUCCAAUUAUGUGUGAUUAGUCUCAGUGUGUUGUGUCAAGAAGGGGGAGUGUGCUGAGUGCUUAUUAUCUGUUUAGGUACAAGAAGAGCACAUUUAGGUUCUGACUAUGAAUGGAAAGUGAGCCUUUAUCGGGACUAAAAUCUAAAUGCUACUAUUCUGAAAAUCACUUUAAAAAAUACAUCCUUUUUUGAUAGAUUCUGAGAAAGACUCUAACAACUAAAGGAGUUUGUAACGUAAUCAAACUGCCUCGCUCAAAUUAGUUUGCAUUGUGAUAUAUCAUGGCCCAAGAGUUUGAUAAACAUUUAAUAUGACUUCCUGUGCUGGGAAAGAAGAAAUCCUACCAAGAGACAAGAACUAUUUCUUUUUCUCUUAACAGGUUAAUAGAACAUUUUACCAACUUCUGACAAAAAGAAAGCUGGAAUCAUUACAGAAUCCUGUACUCUCUCUUAAGCCAGAACAAUUUUAAAAUGAUGAAAAAGAGAAAGAGUAUAUCUGAAAGAGGGAGGUACUAUCUAGGAAGCAGAGAGAAUGCUGAAAUAUAUUAAUUAAAAGAACUGCAGUUUGGUAAUAAGCGUUCUUCCAUAUUCAACAAAUUGGGCAGCAUGUAAACCACAAGCUCAUGAAGGUCCUUUUCUCUUUGCACUUCUGCUCAAAUUUCUUCACUACCGGUUUGCAUGUCCUUGUAUUCAAUACUUUUUAUGCUCCAUUAGAGCACCUAGAUGGAUCUCAGAAGGCAUAGGUCAAGUCGCAGUUAGAUCAUACAUUUCUUUCUCACAAAAACUUGAAUUGCAAUGCCAAGUGAUGGGCUAACAUCACAAUAACAGCAAUUUAUUCCUCUUUUGAUAAAAAGCAGCCUAUUCUCAGUGUUAGAUAAAGACCAGGGGCAAUGCAAACCAACCAUUUAUACUAGAACUGAGUAGUAUAUCUCCCUUAUAGCUGGUAUGAGUUUCAUAUUCAAACUCUAGUUGGAAGAUACCUGUCUAGCAGGAAAUGAAAAGUAAUUGAGAGUUAUUUAAAAUUGCUGUAAAGGUGGCUUUAGUUCCAUUUUUCUUUUGUUCUAUGUGUCCCACACAGCAAAGCCUUUGUUUUCUUGUAAGGGAAAUCUUUAUAAUCAAUGAAGGAGUGUAAAAAAUAGUGAAAUAUUACAAUUUGUGGACCUUUUAUUUCUGAGAGGGCUUGAAUGUCUGCUGUAACAAUAAUCUAAUAAAUAUUAUUA